CUUUCAGUUUGUUUGGCAAUAUCUUCAUUUCCCUCAGGAGAUCUCUCUCAUGGCAAUAUCCUCAAUGGCCCCCUCCCUGUCUUCUCUCAGCCGUCCAUCAUCUCCUCAUCCAUCUCCAUUGCCGUUCAUCUCUCCCAAAAUCCCCCCCUUCUUCGGAACCUCCUUCCCUCUUCUGUCUCAAUCCCCCGCCAGAAAGAGUCCCACCACAAGAGCUCUCAGAGGCUGGCGAGAAUACGAGGAAGCCGUCAAAGACAAGGACCUCGCCCGAGCCCUCCGCUUCUUGAAAUCCAUCGAAUCCCUUCCUCUCCAAUCCUCUCCCCACGGCGGCAGCAGUGGCGGUCUAUUGCAGCUGCAGCGGCCGGAGAGGGACUGGGAAGUGCUCGAUGCUUGCUUGAAUGCCGAUGACAUGAAGCUUGUCGGCAGCACCUACAAGUUCCUCCACGACCGGGGCUUCCUCCCUAAUUUUGGGAAGUGCAAGAACAUCGGUAAUUCUGCGAAUAUGUUCGAGGGGCUUCCAAAGGCAGAUUCCAUCUUCUUAGUUGGAAAGAAGUGUGCCGGCCUUUCAAUUGGGGGGAUCAGAUGCCUAGAUUUUGUUAAUGUGGCUCUGCUGGACAUUGCAGUUGCUAGUUGUUUCUCUCAGGAUGAUUCGGGAGGUGUUUGGGCUCCCCCUUAUAGGAGGGAUCUUUAUGAUAAUGAGUAUGAGGAUCUGUCGUGUCUCUUUCUUGCUUGCAGAGGAUCUUGGCUUCUCCGAGUGUUGAAGGCUCGCUUGUUUGGUGCACUGAAAGCUCUAGUAGAUUCUUUACCUGGUCCUUGCAUUAACUUCCUUCUCAUCCUAUCCAAAGGGAUGACUGGCAUUGCACUUCGUAGUUUGGCCGCAUGGCUCAAUUUUGAAAACAACGAAUGUAACAAUAUGAUCCAAAAUGGCAGUAAGCUAUCCUUUCUACUCUCUCAAGGAAUAGACAUAAGACCCAAUCUAGCUGCCAUAUUGGGGCUAGCUAUGCUAGACGCAAUUUUCCUAGGUGGCAGCUGUCUUGCUCAGAUCUCAUGUUUAUGGCCUCCAUACAGGCGUCGGAUUCUUGUUCAUGAAGCGGGGCACCUUCUUACUGCAUACCUUAUGGGUUGCCCAGUUCGUGGAGUAAUUUUAGACCCGAUUGUAGCUAUGCAAAUGGGAAUUCAGGGGCAGGCAGGAACUCAGUUUUGGGAUGAGAAGUUGGAAAAUGAGCUUGCGGAGGGCCGGCUUUCCAGCGCUUCUUUUGAUAGGUACUGCAUGGUUCUUUUUGCUGGAAUUGCAGCUGAAGCUCUUGUAUACGGAGAAGCGGAGGGAGGAGAAAAUGACGAGAAUCUGUUUAGGAGCAUCUCCGUUCUUCUACAACCUCCUCUAUCCAUUGCACAGAUGUCAAAUCAGGCACGCUGGUCAGUUUUACAGUCAUACAAUCUCCUCAAGUGGCACAAACACGCCCACAGAGCUGCUGUUAGAGCUCUAGAGAGUGGCAACAGUCUGAGUGUUGUCAUCAGGACGAUUGAAGAAGCGAUUCUGUCCAAAGGAGUUGAAGAGUAGGAAUGUGUUGAGGGUAAAUGGCAGCAUGAAAAUGUAAGCACAAAGUAACCAGUCUUUUUCUGCACAUGCACUGUGAAAAAUGGGUUUGUGGAUACGUAUGGAGGCGAAGGUGAGAAAAUGACAUAAAUGGAAUGCAAAUCACAGAAGUUGGGAAGUAUAUGAUCAUGAUCUUUUCACCCCGAAUUUGAACAUUUAUCUUACUCACUACCGCGAAAUGGAACCCGUCCAUAGAAGGGAGGGAAGAAUAUGAUGUAGGCUGCCAUUCCUUCUUUUCUAUAUUAGUAUACAAGGAUGCAGUCAAAGCUUCUGAAAGGGAGGUCCACUUCUGUCAUCUAAAAAUGAUGCUUGAGAGCAUGUAAACUUGCCUUCCUGAUUUGAACAGAGAGUGGUGAACUUGGGCAGCACUGCUCAUGGCGUUUUUCAGGUGACGGAUGGGGGUUGACUCACACAUGAACUUUUUGCUCAAUGAUGCCUGAGGAUGAAAUCUUAGGCCUUGAUCACUGGAGAGCAUAUUUCCUCAUACAACCUCAUGCAGAAUGUAUGGAGAUGGAACUUUCAAUCCUUGGUCAUUAUCAGACAGUGGGGCUGAAGUUGCAGAGAGCAGAUUUUCUUACAAUCUAUAUUCCUGGUGAGGUAAGUGUGUCUCAUUGUUGUUUUAUGAAUAUUGUAUUUAAUCCAGAGAACUUGAUUUUAGUUCAGAUCACAUGUUGGGUUUUGGUGAA